AUGUAUUUAUGCCUCACCUGUGCAAAGCUGGCUGCCCAACAAGCACCCCAGAGCAGUGCCGGUCGACAGUACCAUGUUCUGAGUAAGCCCAAUAGAGCAGUGUGGAUCAACGUGUUGUGUGCUCUGCUGGCCAUCAUCAUUAGAGUGCUGUGGUUCAACUGCAUCUUGUUAGCCAGCCAGAAAUCCCAGUUAGAGACCAACUACAGCAUCUUGGCAAGCCAGAAAUCCCAGUUUGAGACUAUCUACAACAUCCUGAACUGCCUACCAUCCCACCAACUCAACACUACUGGUGCUGAAAAGGACAUGCUUCUAACAAGACUAUGGAUCACCCAGCAUGCAGUGGAUGUGACUCUGGAUCCUGAUACAGCUCAGAACUACCUCACCCUGUCUGCUGAUGGGAAACAAGUGAAAAAGGGUGAUACAUCACAUCGCCCUGACAACCCCAAACGCUUUUAUUCUGGUCUCCGUGUACUGGGCAAGCAGGGCUUCAGCUCUGGAAGAUUUUACUAUGAGGUGCAGGUCAGUGGGAAGACAUCAUGGGGUGUAGGAGUAGCCAGAGAGUCCGUUAACAGAAAAGAGGAAAAUCUGAGCCCUGCAAAUGGGUGCUGGAGAAUAUGGCUGGUGAAUAGUGUGUACAAGGCAAUAGAUGAUCCCCCUGUCACCCUCUCCCUGAAAGAGAAGCCAGAGAGGGUGGGGGUGUUUGUGGAUUAUGGGGCAGGUUCGGUCUCCUUUUAUGAUGCAGACAGGUGGAGUCUAAUCUAUUCUUACACAGGUGUCUCCAUCAGGGAGAAAAUGUACCCCUUCUUCAGUCCAGGGUAUAAUGAUGAUGGCAAGAACUCUGCUCCACUAGUCAUCACUCCAGUCGUCUGUGCCAAGUAG